AUGGCGGUGCCUUCCUUUCAAUUAAGCGAGCAGACUACUGUCUUCAUGUAUGAUAGUGAUCAGGUGAUCUCCCUUUCAAACCUGACUGCCAAUGGGAACCCUGUCUUCCUCAGGACCAGAUUUGAGUCCAGCUUCUCCCAGUCCUACCCCAACUGCCAGACCAUGUUUAUAGAUGGCAUAGUACAUCUUGCUCAGAUGCACCCCACCUGGAGUAGGCUGAGAUGGGAAGGAAGUAAAGGGGCAAGGAGGGUCCAGUUCCUGAAGUCAAACAUCUCAUUUUAUGGGGAGAAGUGGCCCCAGUCAAACCCAGAAUGCUCUACAUCAUCUCUGUUGCAGCUCAUUUCAGGUUCAGAUGACAGAUUUUGCAUAUUGAUGCAAGGUGAGAUAGUGGGAAAUACAAGAGGGACAGUGUGUAAGAGGGAUUAUGAAGGCACAUUGAUGGAUAUUGAGGGACAUGUGCAUGAAGAUCCAAGCAAUGUGAAACCCCCUGCAAUGAGCUUUGAGAUCAAGUCCUCAAGGGGAAACAUUCAAUCUGAAAAGGGUUCAGAUGACAGAUUUUGCAUAUUGAUGCAAGGUGAGAUAGUGGGAAAUACAAGAGGGACAGUGUGUAAGAGGGAUUAUGAAGGCACAUUGAUGGAUAUUGAGGGACAUGUGCAUGAAGAUCCAAGCAAUGUGAAACCCCCUGCAAUGAGCUUUGAGAUCAAGUCUUCCAGCAUAAUUGACUGGAAGAGAAAUUACACCAUAUGUGAUGGGGAAGUGAAGGGCGAGAUCCAGAAACAUAAUGGCCAAAGUGACCCCAUCUGGAUCAAGAUUAGAUUUGAUGUCAGCACAUCUAGGUCCUUUGAUGACACAAAACCCAUAUUUAUACAAGCCUUCCUCAAAGGAAAGAAAGGUGAGAAACAAUAUCAGUUCCUGAGGACAGAAUUUCACCCUAGCCAAGACCACAACCUGAGUACAUGCAAUGAGCUUCCUCUCGAGCCUUCUACUAUUAUUCCUGUUACUCAACCUGACAAAUGCAUGCCUCCCACAUUCUUCAUGGGGGUCAUCUUAUAUUGUACUCUCAUCCUGUGCCGCUCUGGACUUCGCUGCUGUAGACCACAAAUGAUGCCAUCCCCACCAGUGAUACAUAAGUGUGCCGAGAGUCCCGACAGGGUGGUGCCGUCUAUGCCAGCAGGUGUGCCGAGAUUGCCAACAUCUGACCCAACUUCACCUUUGACCCAGGCCCUCGGAAAUGAAAGACCUGGGGCGCUCGAGCUUCUCAGUCACUCAUACUUCCUGCCUUCCUUGCAUUUUUUGGAGGCAUCUUCAUAUUCAACAUGUGCAUCAUCAUUUACUGCUGGAGAGCGUGGAUCUGCAACAAAACUUCAGACACAGGAGCGCAUCAUGAUGACCCCAGAGAAGAACAGCCCAAUAAUUCUGAAAGCACAGGGUGUGGUUCGCAGAUACACAGUUGGAGUUAAUUGA